AUGGUAGAAAGGUUCAUUGAGGUAUUCAUGGAUGACUUCUCUGUCUUUGGUGAUUCUUUUGAUCAAUGCUUGCAUAACUUAUCCAAGGUGUUGGCUAGAUGUGAACAGACUAACCUUGUGCUUAAUUGGGAAAAAUGUCAUUUUAUGGUUAACCAAGGCAUAGUUCUUGGUCAUGUCAUCUCUAGUAAAGGAAUCGAGGUAGAUAAAGCUAAGAUUGAUUUGAUUGCCUCCAUGCCCUCACCUACUUCUGUCAAAGAAGUACGUUCUUUCCUUGGCCAUGCAGGUUUCUAUAGGCGUUUCAUUAAGGAAUUUUCUAAGAUUGCGAGGCCUUUGUGCAAUCCCCUUGCCAAGGACAUGGAUUUUGUCUUUGAUCAAAACUGUGAGAAUGCUUUCAAUGCUUUGAAGAAGAUGCUCACAAUUGCCCCAAUCAUUAUACCACCAGAUUGGAGCUUGCCUUUUGAAUUGAUGUGUGACGCCUCUGAUUAUGCUGUUGGAGCUGUUUUGGGACAGCGAGUUGAUAAGAAGCCACAUGCCAUCUACUAUGCUAGUAGAACCCUCAACGAUGCCCAACUCAACUAUUCCACCACAGAGAAGGAGUUAUUAGCUGUCAUAUUUGCUUUAGAGAAGUUCAGAUCAUAUUUGAUUACUAACAAGGUUAUUGUUUACACUGAUCAUGCAGCAUUAAAAUACUUGUUAGCCAAGAAGGAUGCCAAGCCACGACUCAUUAGAUGGAUUCUCUUGUUGCAAGAGUUUGACUUAGAGAUAAAAGAUAAGAAAGGAAGUGAGAAUGUUGUGGCUGAUCAUUUGAGUAGAUUGGUGCAUGUGUCUAACGAAGAGGAGGAUUCAUUGCCAUUGCGUGAAAGCUUCCCUGAUGAGCAACUCUUCUCCAUUUGUGCUUUGAAUUCUCUCAAUCCAUUACCUUGGUUUGCUGAUAUUGUUAACUAUUUGUGCACUAAUGAACUCCCUACAGGGUUAUCUACGUUCCAACGUGACAAGCUUAGGAAGCAAGCAAGAUACUACUUUUGGGAUGAUCCAUAUCUAUUCAAGCAUUGCCCAGACCAAGUAAUUCGAAGGUGUGUGCCUGAAGGUGAUUUUAAGAGCAUUCUGGAGUUUUGUCACUUCCAUGCAUGUGGAGGACAUUUUGGAGCAAAGAAGACUGCCAACAAAGUGCUACAAUCAGGUUUCUUUUGGCCUACCCUUUUUAAGGAUGCGUAUGUUUUUUGUGCUUCAUGUGAUAGAUGCCAACGGAUGGGUAAUUUACAUGCUAGAAAUCAGAUGCCUCUCACCAAUAUCCUAAUCAUUGAAAUAUUUGAUGUUUGGGGAAUUGAUUUCAUGGGCCCUUUUCCUACCUCUUAUGGAUUUGAAUAUAUAUUAGUUGCUGUCGAUUAUGUUUCUAAAUGGGUAGAAGCCAUUGCCACUAGAACUAAUGAUGCUAAGGUUGUGAUCGGUUUUCUCAAAGGAAAUAUUUUUACAAGGUUUGGCACACCUAGAGCAAUCAUUAGUGAUGGUGGCUCCCACUUUGUUAACCAAGCUUUUGCAGCACCCUUGAAGAAAUAUGGAAUCACGCAUAAGGUGGCAACACCCUAUCAUCCCCAAACUAGUGGGCAGGUUGAGAUAAGCAAUAGGAAGAUUAAGCACAUACUUGAAAAGACGGUGAACACCACAAGGAAGGAUUGGUCCAUGCGUUUGGAUGAUGCAUUGUGGGCUUAUAGGACUGCUUAUAAGACACCUAUAGGUAUGUCUCCGUAUAGGCUUGUUUUCGGUAAACCUUGUCACUUACCAGUGGAGCUUGAGCACAGGGCUUAUUGGGCAAUCAAGGCCUUCAAUUUUGAUAUGAAAGCUGCUGGUGAGAAGAGGAGGCUUCAACUCAAUGAGUUGGAGGAGUUGCGACAUGAAGCGUAUGAGAAUGCUAAGCUUUACAAGGAGAAAACAAAGCAAUAUCAUGACAAGAAAAUUCUUAGGAAGACGUUUGAGAAAGGGCAGAAGGUUCUCCUAUUCAAUUCACGCCUUAAGCUCUUUCCAGGUAAGCUUCGUUCUCGGUGGAUUGGCCCUUUUGUUAUUACUAAUGUGUUUGAUCAUGGCGCAGUGGAGAUUCAAAAUAUUAAGGAUGGCAGCACCUUCAAGGUGAACGGACAUCGGUUGAAACCUUACUUUGAUGCCAACUUUGAUGCCAAUAUUGAGUCUCAAGCACUCAAGGAGCCUCUACCACUCUCUUGA